GUCGAGCGUAACCCUGACGUCAUCACAGCUACUAACCUGGUUACAGUUGGUAACACGUAGGCGAGUUCGCGCAAAAUUCACUAAAAAUGAAAACUGAAGUUUGACAAACAAUUGACAUUUACUGUUAUAAAGAAGGUGGGGUGUUUUUGGUUAACGACGGUGUGUUAAUUUUAUAGAUUUGUACGUUUCUAAAACAAAUCACUUUAUUUAUCACUGUUAAUUAUCUAAUUUUAUUACACUAAAGAAUUGAUUACAUUUACUUCCCAACAAAGCACUCUGAAAUGGGUAGGUCCAGCCGUUCCCCUAGAAAACACCAUAAAAGAAGCAAAUCUAGAGAAAGGGCAUCAAGUAGUUACAAAACGCUGGAUAAAGUAGAAAAAGAAAAAACCAAGGAUAGAAGUAUUAAAUCAAGAAAACGAUCUCACUCAAUUUCAUCCACAAGCAGUAGUGAGGCUUCAGAUGACAUGUCAAAAAAUGAAAGAUAUUCAAGUAAAAAACACAGACUUCGAAAAAUGGACGAAGUCGAGCGUCUUGCUGAAAUGGAAAGACAAAGAAGGCAAAGGGAAGCUGAACAACGUUUAAUAGAAGAAGAAACAGCCAAACGAAUAGAAGAUUUAGUUAAGAAACGGGUAGAAGAAGAAUUAGAAAAACGAAAAGAUGAAAUAGAGAGAGAGGUCAACAAACGAGUUGAAGAGGCCAAACGAAUCAUGGAAAAAGAAAUGAUGGAAGACUUGGAGAAAAGGCGCGAAAAAAUCAGAGAAGAAGAAAAGCAUAGGGAGGAGGAAGAAAGGAAAAAGCAAGAAAUCGUUGAGAAAAUUUUGGAAGAAAACCAGAGGAAAAUUGAAGAGGCACAGAAAAAAUUGGCAGAAGAAAGGUUAGCGAUGGUUGAGGAACAAAGGAAAAUGGACGAAGAAAGACAGAAACUGAGAAAAGAACAAGAGAAACGAACGAAGGAAGAACAGAAAAAGAUUUUAGGCAAAAAUAAUUCCAGACCGAAGUUAUCUUUCUCAUUGAAACCCGUUUUAUAGCUAGUGUUAGUGUAAAGUGUGAUAAAACUUGAUAUGACUCAUUAAGUGUAAGUGAUUUCUAGGUUUAAAUUAUAUUCUUAGGAUUUUGCAUCCAAGUACAUUUUUUUUAUUAAAAAAAAUGAUAAUUAAGAGUAUUUAUAUUGUUUCUAUGAAAUAUAGGUGGUGUUUAGAAACCAA